AUGUUCCACGAUGUCCAUCCUAUUGGUGGCACCCUCCCUCUACUACGGACGCUUUUUGAACGGCCAGACCUGGCUGACCUGGUGCGAAACUUCAGCAACGAUAGAUGUACGGAAUCUCCGGUGACAAUAAACAUCUUUCGUACGUUGUUUGUACCCUUGGCGGCCCAGUUUAAUCUUCAUGAUGCCUCUGGGCUGUUCGACAACUGGCUGCAAAAGAUUUGGGUAAAUGUGUUUGAGCGAGAACUUUGGAUGUUGGAGUUUACAGUCGCUCUCCUCCCCUGGGUGACGGCGUUAUUCAUUACGGUCCCGGCGCGCAGAGGCGAAACAAAAUUUGUCCUUGGAAAGCUAUUCGCGAAAUCCGUUACGUUGAGCUCGGUGAGAUACUUGUAUUUAAGUCACCAUGACUACCGCAACUGCAAACUCAAUCUGGGCUGCUUGGGCGACUUGUUGGGCAUGAUGCCGCGUCUAGAGAGGCUGGACGUGAAUUUCUGCGGGGGCACCACGCAGUUUCUACCUCUUUACGAGCUACGCUCUCUCAAUCUCGCUCAGAGCAACAUGACGGCAGCGAGCUUGAAGAGGCUGGUCAAGCAGGACGUGUUGAGAUUUACAUGGGAAGAGAUGCAGGCGAUACUCGCGCAGCGGAAAAGCACGUUGAAGCAUGUGAAUGCUGGAUUUCACGAAUAUUGUCCCUUUUCUCGUCUUGGAGACAACCAACGUGAUAUGAGAGGUUAUUUCGGCAGCUUUGACAAAUUCAAAGCACUUGAAGAGUUGUUGGUGCGAGUGUCUAGGUUUCGCCAUGUUGACGAUUUCACUAGGCUGCUGCCCAAAUCACUCACCCUCAUCGGAUUACGACAUGUACCGGAAAGGUGGAAUGGAGUAGAGAAACUGGCAAAUGCGGUGAGGUGGGGACGCUUUCCACAGCUCAAAACGGUGGUGCUGGAUCUUGGCCAAGAAGAGUUUGAGAGGGCGCAGAUGCGAUUGAAUAUUGCUGGCGUCACUUGUGUGGAAUACGACAGUGGCCAUCAUGCUUUUGGACGAGAUAUUGCAUACUACAUAGCUCGAUUGCUUAGUCGCACCUCGAUUCCCGUUCCUAAGUCUAGAGUGAUGGAUGAAGAUGGUGAAGAGGAUGAUGAAGAGGAUGAUGAAGAGGAUGAUGAAGAGGAUGAUGAAGAGGAUGACGAAGAGUAA